AACGAAGAGCUGCUUCUCUGAUAAUGGCGGCUUAUAGAGCUGACGAUGAUUACGAUUUCCUCUACAAGGUUGUAUUAAUUGGUGAUUCCGGCGUCGGUAAAUCCAAUCUGCUUUCUCGAUUCACGCGCAACGAGUUCAGCCUCGAGUCUAAAUCCACCAUCGGUGUCGAAUUCGCCACCCGAAGCAUUCAUGUCGAUGAAAAAAUCGUAAAGGCUCAGAUUUGGGACACCGCCGGUCAGGAGAGAUACCGAGCAAUCACAAGCGCAUACUAUCGAGGAGCUGUAGGAGCUUUGCUUGUUUAUGAUGUUACUCGGCAUGUGACAUUUGAGAACGUUGAGAGAUGGUUGAAAGAGCUUAGAGAUCACACAGAGGCCAACAUUGUGAUCAUGCUUGUUGGGAAUAAGGCGGAUCUACGUCACUUAAGAGCUGUUUCAACCGAAGAUGCUAAAGCCUUUGCAGAGAGAGAGAACACAUUCUUCAUGGAGACAUCUGCACUCGAAGCAUUGAACGUCGAGAAUGCUUUCACUGAAGUGCUUUCUCAAAUAUACCGUGUGGCAAGCAAGAAGGCGUUGGAUAUUGGUGAUGAUCACGCUACUCUUCCUAAAGGACAGAGUAUUAAUGUUGGGUCUAAGGAUGAUGUUUCUGAGGUUAAGAAGGUUGGUUGCUGCUCAAGUUGAUCUUGAUCAAGCCAUUUUGUCUGGUAACGUUUGUUUCCUAGGUAAGAAUAUAGUUUGAUUAUCUAUGGAAGAUAUGCAGAUGAUUUUUUCUUGUGUUUUCCUUUAGUUGCUACUUUUUCCUUCUUUUGGUGUAAGUUUCUCAGAUCCUUAUAAUGUUUUAACUAUUUUUACAUAAUCAUUCAUAUUCGAUAAUCUUUGAACAAAAAGAGAUGUUUAGA